UUCCACUAGCUCUAACAAUUUUAGGUUCUCAUCUUUGUGGUAUAGAUAUACCACGUUGGCAAGUUAUAUUAGAUAGUUACGAAGGAGAACCUUAUACACAUAUUGAAAGAAUACUUCAAAAAAGUUAUGAUGCCUUGGAAGAUCCCGCAAAAGCAUAUUUUCUCGACAUUGCAUGUUUCUUCAAGGGUGAAUAUAAGAACUAUGUGCAACAAAUAGUACCCCAAAAAUACAUUGAAGAAUUUGUUGAUAAGGCAUUGAUAACUAUUGAAUGUAACAAGAUUUUAAUGCACGACUUGCUAGCAAACCUGGGCAAGGAUAUAGUUCACAAAGAAUCCCCCUAUGAUCCUGGCCAGCGUAGUAGAUUGUGGUUUUAUGAGGAUGUCAUACAAGUUCUAAUGGGAACUACUGGAACAAGAAAUAUUAAAGGCAUCAUUGUGAAGCUUCCAAAACCAGCAGAGAUAACCUUGAAUCCAAAAUGCUUCCAUAAUAUGGUGAAUCUUCAAAUUUUCAUAAACCAUAAUGCAUCUCUAUGUGGGGACAUUAAUGAUUUGCCCAACACGUUAAGAUUGAUUGAUUGGGAUAGAUGUCAGUUACAAUCUUUGCCACCCAAUUUUCAAGGAAAACGUCUUGUUGAGUUCAAUAUCCCUCGCAGUCAUAUCAGACAAUUGGAUGGAUUUAAGCAUUUGCCAAACCUGACAUCUAUGGAUUUGAGGGGUUGUCAAUUCUUAGAAAAAAUCCCAGACCUAUCCGGAAUCCCAAACAUAGAGUACUUGAAUCUACGAGAGUGCACACGUUUGGUUGAGGUCGAUGGUUCUAUUGGACUCCUUGAUAAACUUGUUGUAUUGAAUCUUAGUAGAUGCGUUAAGCUUACGAGGUUUGCAACAAGACUGAGAUUGAAAUCUCUUUUAGCACUUAAUCUUAGUGAUUGCAAAAGGCUUGAGAGUUUCCCAGAAAUAGAGGAGAAGAUGGAAUCACUAUAUACUUUGAUCAUAUCAGGAAGUGGUAUAAGAGAAUUGCCUGCAUCAAUUACAUCUCUUACUGGGCUUCAAGUAUUAGAACUUCGUGGAUGCUUCAAUCUUACAAGGUUUGCAACAAGACUUAGAUUGAAAUCUCUUUUAGCACUUGAUCUUAGUGAUUGCAAAAGGCUUGAGAGUUUCCCAGAAAUAGAGGUGAAAAUGGAAUCACUAUGGAGUUUGGACAUAUCAGGAAGUGGCAUAAGAGAAUUGCCUUCAUCAAUUGCAUAUCUUACUGGGCUUUCUCACUUUAGAGCUGAUUAUUGUGAGAACCUUACCUAUCAAAAAGUGAACCCUCAAGUUUCAUCCAGCAACUCCGAAUUACCGCUGCUUCCCAACCUAUCAAAAAGUGAUUUCCUCCUGCCCCUUGAUUGCUGGUCCACAUUAACAGAUCUUAAUCUAUCGGGAAACGAUUUUGUCAUUCUUCCGAGAUGGUUUAGCAAAUUGGUCAACUUGCAGCAUCUUGACUUGCGUGAUUGCAAGAGUCUUCUGGAAAUUCCAGAACAAGUGUUUCCACCAGAAGUAGGAUCCGUAUCGCUGGAUAACUGCACAUCAUUGGAAAAAAUUCCAAAAAUGUCUUGGGUAUUGUUGGAUAACUGCACAUCAUUGGAGAAAAUUCUAGAAUUCUCGCCGGUGCAUAACAAUAUGGAUCUGGAUUUGAACAAUUGUGUUAGACUACGCAGCUACGACAUCACAGAAAAUAUUUUUCUGAAUCAGGUUUCUGUUUCCCAUCCGCAUUCUGAAUUUAGCAUCAAUCUUUCAGGCGGUGAAGUUCCAAAGUGGUUCAGCUGUCGUAAAGAUGCAACAAUAGUUAGACAAUAUUUGAGUUCAGGUAUUGGAACAAAGAGAUGCGAAUACGAUGCUGGAUGUGCAGUUAGUUUUGAAAUUCCUCCAAAUUUAAAAUGGGAGACGUUAAGAUUGGUUCUAUUUCUGUAUGUUGUUACUGGUUGUUCUGUUUCUAUUCUUCUCGAUGGAAAACUCGUCAAUGCGUUAUCUUUUGGAUUUAUGGGUCAUGUGCACCUCAGGUCUAUUCCAUUAUUGAAUUUGGAUAGGUACGAGUACGAGUUUGAAGAACCCCUGACGAAGCAGGGUAAUACGUGUCAAGUUAUAUUUGACUUCUUUGUCGAAGUGCCCACACCCGUUAAAAUUCCCUGCGGGGUCCACCUAUUAGGCCACCAGGUUGUCAUUGAGACUGUUGUUGUUGAUCAUGAUCAACACCAAGACUGCGAAUUGCUUUCCUUGUCUUUAGCAUCAAAGACUAGUCUUGGCAAGAGGCCUCGCCAAUCAGAUUACAUGGCACUUGACGAUGAUCAUCGUGCUAACGUUGUCGACAUUGGUGAUCAUGAAGCUCAAGGGCUUACCUUGUUUACAGGACCAGCGGAUCACCAAAAGAGGAGGCACAUUUAUCCUAAAGUGGAGCCAAAGGGAGCAAUGGAAAAAAGAUUACAACUCGAAGGAAAGGAGAAGCAGAGACAGAGAGUCUUGGCCAUCUUGAACAACGCGUGCUAUACAAGCAUCUCUGGGGCAAUGAAGUUCCAAAGUGGUUUAUGUGAGCCCCAGGUUCAGAUGUCAAAACGAACCAAAUUUCCGGCAAUGGUCUAGUAAUCAAGAGGUGUGUUGAGGCGCUAGCAAUUUCUGAGAUUCCAUUUUAAGUUGCAUAAGGCAAUACCGUUCUUCUCAAUUGAUGCAUCCAGCAUUUAUCUGCGGAUGAACAAAGCCGGAUUUAUCUAAUGCUUUCAUUCCACACAUAUUUUGUCUAUGAUUCUUCUAUCUCAUUCACUGGAAUUGAUGUAUGUUGGGGGUAAAAUGUAACAGAUUUAUCUAUUUCAUAAUUUCCAAUCAAGGUUUAUUGAAAAUCAGACAUUAAUUGUAAACAGGCAUCCAAAUAUGUCCAACAUAUUUCUGUUGAAAGAUUAUGUCUCAUUAUA